UGAUAGCCAGAAGGGAGAGGCACAGUUUAUAUAAAACUCAGUCUGGCACAAUCCAUGGAUUUCUUCCUAGGAAAAAGUUAUGAAACUUUUGGCAGACUUUUCAUUGUCUCAAAAGCACAAGAGAGUGGUAAUUCAGCAGCUUGAUCUGUGUGGAGCUGAAUCCAAUACGGUCCCCCUGGAAAACGUGCUGGGAAGAAUGAGGCUGUCCAAAGACGCCUGUUGCCUAUUCCUUGCUGUCCUGCUGGUUGAUCUACUGCCUGAGUCCUCCUGUGGCAACAACCCCCGCUACGAGAAGUUCCUGAACCAGCACCGCGAUGAACCCAGGAGCCGCUUCCACGGUCGAUACUGCAACACCCUCAUGGGCAGCCGUGGCCUGACCAAACCCGAGUGCAAGGAGGUGAACACUUUCAUCCACGGCUCCAAGCGGCAGAUCCGGGCCGUGUGCGCCGAAGGAGGGCUUCCCUUGGGGGAGCUGCGGAAGAGCAGGCAGCACUUCAGAGUCACAACUUGCACACUCCGGGGGGGCUCCACCCGCCCACCAUGUGAAUACAAGGAGAACAUUUCGCCCAGGUACAUCGUCAUUGGCUGCGAAGGCGGCUGGCCGGUGCACUAUGACGAAAGCCAGAUUGUGACCUCUGUUUGAAGUACCGUUGCUAGACCUCAAGGCAUCUCUCUUCCCUGUGUAUUCAUCAAAUUCUGUAUCCCAGUCAAAACAAAGCCAAAUAGCUUUGUUCACAUUAAUCCAUUGAAACCUCCCCUUGUCGCGACUUUCGCUUCCCUCUUUAAUGCUCACCACCCCUAUUCUCAAAUAGAUUGUAAGCUCACUGGGGCAAGGACUCGCCUUUAAUGUUUGUUACUCUGCAAAGCGCUGUGUAUACAGAUGACAUUGUAUCAAUGCUAAUAUUGUCAUUGUUAAUCAUGGUCACUACCACGGGAUCCAGAUUGAAUCAUAUGCAGAUUAGGCCCACGGAAAUCAAUAGAGCUUCACUGAGUCAUCACUGGUAUUCCAAACAGUAAG